UUUCCUCGUACAAGUUGAAAGUAAAUUAGUACCUGUCCUUAUUUCCUUUCUCUUUCGAUCAAACACAAUGUACAAAUAAUGGAUAGAGGGGUUCUCUGCAAGAAGAAGAAGUACUGAUUAUUUUAUGUUGAUCCGCCACAGUAAAAGGGGAGUUUGUCUUUGCUUCGAUAUCUUUAGAAUGAUUUACGCUUUCGAAACGUUAUGGACACUUUUGAGCAUCCUUACUAUAAACUCAACAAACGUUUAUUGGUACUGAUAGGGCAAUGGCCUUAUCAGAAUUUGAAUGAUCGUUUUUUCCGUAGAUGCAUUGUAAAUAUUGCAAUUUACAGUUUUUUUAUUACACAGAUAGGUGUGAUUUAUGAGUAUAGAAAUGAUAUAGAUAUGAUACUUGAUAUUAUACCAUCUCUAACUGUUGGUUUAGUUAUAAUAAUUAAAUAUUAUACGUAUCAGAUUCAAAGAAAAAAUAUACAGAAUCUUAUGAAACAUACUAUUAGCAAUUGGAAAAUAUGGGAAACUCAAGAAGAAAUGGAUAUCAUGCACAAAUUUGCCAGUGAAGGAAGAUUCCUUACGUUAUUCUAUAUAAUAUAUGUAUCCUCAAGUGAGAUAAUGUUUCUCAUAUUACCUUUUUACCCACGUCUCAUGGAUAUCAUUGUACCAUUGAACGAGUCUCGUCCUUUGAGAGCACUUAUUACAGCUUAUUAUUUUGUCGACGAAGAAGAAUAUUUUUAUUCCAUUUAUUUUCACAUGAGUAUUGUAAUUAUAAUUGGAAUUACUGUAAUAAUCGCUUCGGAUAGUCUAUUUUUGGUUUUUAAUUCACACAUAUGCGGUUUGUUUUCUGCUAUUGGAUUCCGUCUGGAACAUUUGUUUAAAGAUCCGAUUGACUCGGGACGUUCAUUCAAUAGCCGUGCAAGAAAGAUGUGUUUUGAUAACGUAGUACAUUCUAUUAAAAAUCAUAAAAGAGCAUUAGAGUUUGCUGAUCUUAUUGAAACUUCUUAUUCGGUAUCUCUUAUGAUACAAACUUUUAUGGGAAUGAUAGGUGUGAGUGUUUCUUUGUUUCAAGUAUUAAUGUUAUUGGAUAACAAAACAGAAGCAUUAAGAUUUGUCAUUUCUGGGACUGGUCAAUUUGUUCAUCUUAUGUGUAUAUGUUAUCCAGGUCAAAGAAUAAUAGAUUAUAGCACUGAAAUACGUUUUAAUGCAUACAAUGGAUUAUGGUACGAAGCACCAAUUGAAGUACAUAGAUUAAUGUUAUUAAUAAUACGAAGAAGUACCGAACCAUGUUACUUGACUGGCGGGAAAAUAUUCGUAUUUUGUUUAGAAACUUAUGCAAAGGUACAUGAAUUUAAAAAUCCAACUUUUCUAUAUUACGUUCAAUUAACAAACAAUAAUUUUUCUUUCUUAAGAUCAUCCAAACUUCCGGCUCUUACUUCAUGUUUUCUUAUUACACAGAUAGGUGUGAUUUAUGAGUAUACAAGUGACAUCGAUAUAAUACUUGAUAGUAUACCAGCUUUAUCUGUUUCUUUACUUGUAAUAAUUAAAUAUUAUACGUAUCAGAUUCAAAGAAAAAAUAUACAGAAUCUUUUGAAACAUACUAUUAGCAAUUGGAAAAUAUGGAAAACUCAAGAAGAAAUGGAUAUCAUGCACAAAUUUGCCAAUGAAGGAAGAUUCCUUACGUUAUUCUAUAUAAUAUAUAUAUCCUCAAGUGAGAUAAUGUUUCUCAUAUUACCUUUUUACCCACGUCUCAUGGAUAUCAUUGUACCAUUGAACGAGUCUCGUCCUUUGAGAGCACUUAUUACAGCUUAUUAUUUCGUCGACGAAGAAGAAUAUUUUUAUUCCAUUUAUUUUCACAUGAGUAUAGUAAUUAUAAUUGGAAUUACUGUAAUAAUCGCUUCGGAUAGUUUAUUUUUGGUUUUUAAUUCACACAUAUGCGGUUUGUUUACUGCAAUUAGAUUCCGUCUGGAACAUUUGUUUAUAGAUUCGAUCGACUCGGGACACUCAUUCGAUAGCCGUGCAAGAAAGAUUUGUUUUGAUAACGUAGUACAUUCUAUUAAAAAUCAUAAAAGAGCAUUGGAGUUUGCUGAUCUUAUCGAAACUUCUUAUUCGGUAUCUCUUAUGAUACAAGCUUUUAUGGGAAUGAUAGGUUUGAGUGUGUCUUUGUUUCAAGUAUUAAUGUUAUUGGAUAACAAAACAGAAGCAUUUAGAUUCGUCAUUUCUGGAACUGCUCAAUAUGUUCAUCUUUUGUGUAUAUGUUAUCCAGGUCAAAGGAUGAUAGAUUACAGCACUGAAAUACGUUUUAAUGCAUACAAUGGAUUAUGGUACGAAGCACCAAUUGAAGUACAUAGAUUAAUGUUAUUAAUAAUACGAAGAAGUAUCGAACCAUGUUACUUGACUGCCGGGAAAACAUUCGUAUUUUGUUUAGAAACUUAUGCGAAGAUCGUCCAAACUUCCGGCUCUUACUUCAUGGUAAUUUUAUCGACGCAUUAGCUAUGAAUAAUAUUAAUUAUCUGUAGUUUGAUACAUUGUAUUUACUUUAGACAAAAAUAAAAUUUUCGUCUUACCUGUUAGGAUUGAUCAAUCAU